AUUGUGUUGAUAUGUGUCAAACGAAAAUGCGAAUACAAAUUCAUUAGAAAAUCUGCAAUAAAAUACGUUUUUUAUUAAAUACGAUUAUUAAAAUCUAGAAUAUAAUAGCAAAAGAAAUUUUGAAUAAAAUUAUGAGCAAAUUCUUAAAUACUAAAUACACAGUAUUAAUUUAAGAGCCGUGUAUUCCAAAUAAGUUAUAUUUUCUUAAGGGAAGAAUACCUUAAAUAUGUCCGAUAAGGAUUUAACUUUGGGGCAGCGGGUGAUGGUCGUCGUUAAAGACGUGAAAGGCACAGUUGCUUAUGUUGGAUACCCAACAUUCGCCACGGGGAAAUGGAUCGGCGUGAUCUUGGAUGAACCGAAGGGAAAAAACAACGGUACAGUCCGUGGUCACGCUUAUUUCACUUGCGAUGAGAAUUUCGGUGUCUUCGUCCGUCCUGCCCAAAUACAGCUGCUGGACGCCGAUGACAAUCCGAUGGAGACAUCCGUCACUACCCCCUCCGGGGACACCAAGACCGCUCUUGGUAGGAGAUUGAGCAGAGUGGCAACACCGAACUCAAAUUUAGAUCGAAAAUGCGGUAAAGUUACAAGCGUGCGACGCAAGGCGUCACCCGCGCAGCCGAAGGCGGGAUCUUUGUCAAUGUCGAGUUCUCGCACCUCGCUGGCGAGCAGUCGGCAAUCGUUGACGUCAUACGCUUCGCCAACAACCGAAAGGGCAUCUUCGCCUGAGGCGAAAAGAGCGUCUUUUGUCGAGACUGGUUUCGUCGAGACCCUCACUCCGCAGUACACACCAGGUCAGAGCAUAACGUCCCCACAGCCCGUUCCUUCGUCCGUUGAAGAUAAGCUGGCCAACCUUCAGGCCCAGCAAGAGAUAACCCAACUGAAAUCCGAAGUCGAAGACCUGAAAGAGAAACUGGAGACCGUCAAGGUUCGACGCGCCGAAGAUCGGGAGAAGCUGCGCGAGCUGGAGCGUCUGAGGCUGCAGCUGGAGCAGGCGAACGAGUUCAAGACCAAGAUCAUGGAGUCUCAAGCUCAGCUGCAGAGGGAUCUCCAGCGAGCGAAACAGGAGGUUCGCGAGGCCCAAGAAGCUCUAGAGGUCCACAACGACGAAACCGCCGAACUGUCGGAGGCGGCAGAGAUGGCGGCCCUCGACAAGGAGAUGGCGGAGGAGCGAGCCGAGGCCCUGCAGAUGGAGUUGGAGCAGUGCCGGGAGAAGCUGGAAGAGGCCACUCUCGACCUGCAGCUGAUGAAGGCCGAGAUGGAAGCCGGCGGGAACAUUCAGCACCCGUACGCAGCCGCCGACAGCGGAGCCACGGGCUACGAGAUGAGGCAGCUACAGCAACAGAACAUCCGCCUCAGGGAUACCCUGGUCAGGCUGAGGGAUCUAACCGCGCACGAUAAGCACGAAAUGCAGAAGAUGCAGAAGGAUCUAGAGCAUUACAAGUCUGAGAUCGCGGAACUGAGUCGAACCAAGGAGAAGCUGUCCGCUCGCGUCGAGGAACUGGAGGCGCAGGUCAGCGACCUCCGCGAGCAGGUGGACGCGGCUCUGGGAGCCGAAGAGAUGGUCGAGCAAUUGGCCGAGAAGAAGAUGGCCUUGGAAGAUCAGGUGGAACAGCUGAGGCAGGACGUAUCGGAGCUGGAGGCCCUUCAGGAAGUCCACGAGCAACUGGUCGAGUCGAACCGUGAGCUCGAGAUGGAUCUGCGUGAGGAGUUGGAGAUGGCUCACGCGGCCACCAGGGAGGCGAUGAGAGAGAGAGAGGCAGUGUUCGAGACGAUACUCGACCGCGACUCCACGAUCCUCAAGUUCAGAGAGCUGGUGCAGAGAAUGACCGAGCAGUACAACGAGUUGCGGAAUCAGCUGGAAAACAAACAGGAGUCGGAAUCGCUCCGCCCCCGGCCGGAGAGCGAGAGCAACGGGGAGGGAGGGGAGGCUCCCCCUCGUUCCCCCCCGGCCGAGCUCACGUCCCUGAUGGCGGCGUCGCGCGCCUGCACCCGCAGCGUGGACCUGCGCCUGCGGGCCCUCGACCUGGCGCAGGCGGGCGCCCGGGCCGACAUGCUGGCUGCCUGCCUCCCGGACCACUUCAUGCAGCCCUCAGGCGACCACGACGCCAUCCUUCUGAUACUGCUGCUGCAGAGGCUGCACACGAAGGCGGAGAUCAUAUUAGGACCGAUCAGAGAGAGAUUCCCGGCGGUGAACGUGUGGGAUCGCGAGGUGGUCACGAAGACUCACACCGCGGUCCAGUACAGCUUCAGGUGUCAGCUCGAAUACCAGUUGCACAUGAUACAGGGUAUCGUGAGCAUGUGGAUAACGGCUCUGGAGACGUGCUCCCCGGAGGUCCUGCUGCGCUGCGCCAGCGCCCUACCCGACGCCCUCCAGCAGGAGAAGAUGCUCGACGCCUACAUCCACUUCCUGAAGUACAACGAGCUGGACGAGAACUGCGCUCUGGACGGGCUGGAGCGUGCGUGGAGCUACCUGUCGGCGAUGUGGGGCGCGCUGGGGCUGCGCGACGGGCCGGCGCGGGAGCCGCUGCUGCACACCGUGGCCGCGCUGGACGCCCUGGCGCGCGCGCUCGCCGCCGACGCCUCCGCCCUCAAGCACAUACUGAAGGAGUCCGACAGGGAGUUGGAGCUGGGGUCGCUGCACGCGGACAUCUACGCGAGCGCCAACGCGCUGCAACAGCAGCUCAAGGGCAUCAAGCGGCGCCUGCCGCCCGGGGCCAGUCUGCAGGCCGUCAACAUCGACCCGAAGCUGGUGGAGAGCCUCCGCGAGGAAUGCGGGCCGGUGCUGUGGCGCUGCAGCCGCGCGUGCUCGCUGGCGGCGCGGGCGGCGGCCACCGCGGCCGAGAGCGCGGGGGCGCAGGCCGAGGGCGCGCCGCUGCCCCACCAGGCCCUCGCCGCCAUAUGGACCAAGGCUGUCUACAAGCUCUACCAGCAGGAUGACCACAGCGUGGUGAAGAUCAUCAAGCAAUCCUUGGCGCAGGUCACGGUGGACGUCAACAAACUUGCCGCGUUCGCUCAAGACAAGGAAUACGAUAUGAUGUCCUUAACCAACGUUGCCACUGAGAAGCCAACACCGCCGGUGGUCAUCAGAGCGCAGCUGGUGAAGAAACAGCUCGAGGAAACUAAGAUCCUGACGAUAAAACUGGAGAACAAAGAAGCCGAUAUUAAAGAGCUCCGGAAAGCUCUGAAGGCCAAGCAAGAAGAAGUCUCCGAGAUGCAGAUCCGGAAAGAGCUGGGCGAGAGGAAGCUGACGACGGCGGCCAGGGACGCGGAGCUGCGCUCUCAGCAGCUGCAGAGGAAGCUGGAGGACGCUCAGAAUCAAUUGAGAAGGAAAGAGAAAGAGUACGAGGAGACCAUGGAUCAUCUUCAGCACGAUAUAGAUUCGCUGGAGAACGAACGUGGCGCUCUGAGGGAUAAGCUGAAGCUUUACGCCAAGAGGGGCGGCGGACAUCACGCCGUGGCGCCGCCUGUCGCUCCGACCAGAGACUAUUCACCUGUCGCGGCUCCGGCGGCCGCCUCCCAAGAGAUAACCCAGGAGGCACCCUUGAAGGUCGCCCCAGGAGUAGCCGCCGGCGAAGUCAACGAAGCCCUACAGCAUCAGCUUAAGGUCCUCAGCUGGACUGUGGAGAGGGAGAGGGCCGCUCGCAUAACCGCGUGCCGCAAGGCUGAGAUACAGACCCUGAGGAGGCUGAGACCUCUAGAGCAUCCGACGGCACCGGGAGCCGUGGCCAGGAGACAGGUCGCCAGCCAACUCGAGAAGGAGCUAAACGAAUUGCAAACUAAGUGGACGUUGUUCGUUGCCCGGUCCGGUCUGGUUCAGUUCCCGUCGGAGCCGGGGAAGUACGCCCGCGCCCUUCAGAUACACCGAGAGAAGCAGCGGGAGACGAAACAGCGUCUGGAGGAGCGCCUGUCGGCCCUGCAGGCGGAGGCGCGUCGCCAGCUGUUGCUGCACCGGCCUUGGAGGUGCGUGGAGGCGGACCUCGCGGAGUUCCCGGCGCCGGACCUCGCCGCGGCGAUCGCGCCCAAGACGGUGGACAUCGGAACGAUAAAGUUCCCUGCAUCGGACCAGGGGCCCAACGACGACACGAUAUACGUCACGCCGAGCCAGCUGUCCGCAUUGCGAGAUCUGGUGGCUGAAUUGCAGUCAGACGACAUCAAACUCGAACUCACGACCCUCGAGCCGACGGUCUGCGCGGCCUGACUCACUCGACAGGCGAGAAAUAUAUAUAUCACUUUGAAAACAAUAUAACUUAUAUUGGCUGUAUAGAUAAAUAAGUAUAAUAUAUAUAUAUAUUAUAUAAGCGUUCCCUCAAAUCAUUCAUUCGUUCACUAAUGAUUGAAUUAAUCCUUUUGACUGUUAUGUAGGUCACGGGUGCCCUACGCGGCGCAUUAAAAUGAUUUCUCUCUUUGAUUUUCUUACUAAGGCGCAGGAAUUUUUUUUUUUUAAACUAUUGCGUAGCUUUGAGCGCGGCGACCGAAUCUAGAAAUUCCGUAACGAAAAUAAAACCUAACGCCCCCACUCCGCCUACCAUGUAGCUCGCGUUCAACACAUUCACACGUUGCGCAUGUGUAGUGUUUGUGAAUAAGCGCGCGGCGUGACGUCGCACUGCCGCAUGCACAUCAUGAAAAGUCUGCCCAUCUCUCUCUCGCACGGUCUAUCUUAUGAGUGUGAAGGGGACAGUGAAUGUUUUGCUUUUGUUAAUGUUUAUAAAUAUAGCGUGGUCUUAUUUUAUUAUUGUUUUAAUAUUAAAUUAUUAUUGUCUAAUUAUAAUUGCAUAAGUUGAUAAAAAAAUGCUUUACCAUGGCAGCUCCCGUGGCCCACACGUGUUUUUUUGAAUCUUCUUUCUUUUGUCCUACCUAUUCUAGUAAGCUUAAGUGGUCAUAUUAGAUUCAUAGAACACGUAGGUGAGCUCACGGGCUCAACCUGGGAGAUUUUUUUAAAUUUUUUUUAUUGCUUAGAUGGGUGGACGAGAUCACAGCUCACCUGGUGUUAAGCGGUUACUGGAGCCCAUAGACGUCUACAACGUAAAUGCGCCACCCACCUUGAGAUAUAAGUUCUAAGGUCUCAGUAUAGUUACAACGGCUGCGCCGCCCUUCAAACCGAAACGCAUUACUGCUUCACGGCAGAAAUAGGCGGGGCGGUGGUACCUACCCGUACGGACUCGCAAGAGCUGCGUUUCGCAGAAUCUAGCACCGGAUCGGAAACGCGACCCGCUGAGAAGAUCCGGCGAGAAACUCAGUAGUAGACUCUGGGAAAGACUAAUCCGAAAGAAACUGAGAAUUACUCUAAGUGACCUUAAAAGACUAAGACAUACAUUAACAAACAAAAGAAGGCAAAGAGUUAGUCAAUCCAGGCGCCUUAGUGACAGAAAUCGACGUAAUUACUUCAGUGCGCCGCGUAGGGCACCGGUGACCUACACGACAGUCAAAGGGUUUACGGUACUCUUUCGAAUACAACUUUAAUUUAACUGUAAGCAGCGGCUUGGUUCUAGCCCUGACAUUGCUGAUGUCCAUGGGCGAUGAUAACCACUCACCAUGAGGUAGGCUUGUCUGUAUACAGGGGCAAUAAAUAAAAAAGCAUACUGCGCCAUCUGUAUGUGAAUGAAGGCGCGACUGAUGUCGACCGUCGCCAUAAUAGCGAAACUGUUAUCGGCUUUGUGUGUUGGAAGCUGGUUAUUUUGAUAAUGUCGUUGGCGCGAUUUAGAGUGCUCACGGCGAGUUUUUUAAACGUUCUCGAUAGCGUAAAAGUUGUCACACUCGAUUGUGUGUAAUUUGUAUGGAGUUGGAACGUUUGCUUAAGUUUGCCGCUGGGGGCGCUGUUCCAAAUGCACACUUGAGUUAACUUUUACGCUAUCGGGAACGUUAAAAAACUCUCACUAAGCACGCAGACAUCCGUCGAGUAUCUCGUGUUCUGUGAUAGAAUAUCGUGACGGCAUCAAACGUGGAGAUACUCAUUAAUAAAUUAUUACUAAUCUAAGGUUUUGUUUGUUAUUCUUUCCGUCUAAGUACGCGUUAUAAUUUAAUUAAAAUUGCCGUGAAGCAGUAAUGCGUUUCGGUUCGAAGCGUGGGGCAGCAUUUGUACUGUUUAGCAACUAGUCUGUAAUCUAAGCAAUAAAAAAAUUACUAUAUUGAAAUUA